AUGAGCUCAGUCAUUUGGGCAGAGGAGCAGUAUUUUCCUCAGUCACCCAAUGCCACAUGGGACGAGGCCAGACUCUACUGUCAGUCCUGUUUCAAAGAACUGACGACCAUCACCAGCGGAAAUGUACACCUCAUUGUGCAGAACUUCUCUUCGGACUACUGGGUUGGACUCCGCAGGAGUUACAAUGGCUCCUUCCCAUGGGCCGCAUGGUCCAAUGGGGAUCCUGUUACAUAUCAGAAUUGGUACCCUGGUCAUCCAGUUCCAAAUAAAGAAAAGAAACUAAUUCCUAUAUGUUCCUCAACAACACAAAGUCCACUGAGCACCCUAAUAACUACCCCAACAUCUACCCCAAUGACCUCAACACAAACCUCCACAGUAACUGCUUCGGUAACCUCAACAUUUAAAAAGAACAAAGAAAACGAUACAUGCCCUAUACUGUCCGAAAUGCUUUUUUGCUUAAAUAUGACAUGUGAUGAUCUUGAAAGUGCCAUGGAUAUGUGUAAGAGAACACUGACUGUUACCCCAAAUACUACAACAUACAGCACCACCCCUAAAGUCACAACAUUUAGCACCACCUUUAAUGCUGCAACAAAUGGCACCACAACCGAGAGCACCACCACCAGCAACUGCGUCUUCGAACCCGAGCCAGAUCCUGAACAGUACAUCGAGAACGCUUGUGUGGUCCUGCUCAGCUUCGGCAUGUGGAAGGAAGACGACUGCAACAGAAGUUUACCCUUCAUCUGUUAUGAAGAGCGCUUUUUUGGCCAGAUAUACGUUUCCGAUGUGAACACAAGCGCAGGCAAUCUGAGCUGGUCUGAGGGACCCGGUGCUGAGAACAUCAGUCACUACAGAGUGGAGGUCACUGGGGACAAAAACCAGACAUUUAACCAGACUGACCUGUUUGAACAGAUACAGAAUCUGACAGCAGGUACUCUGUACAGAGUUCAGGUGUUUCCUGUGAAAUGUGGCAGGGAUCUCAAUCCGCAGAAUAUCUCCUUCUACACCCAGCCCUCUGAUGUGCAAAAUCUGACAGUGGUGAGUGUGACAACUGUUAGCGCCAACCUCAAGUGGAGUAAACCAGAUGGAAACCGUGACUUCUACUCAGUAACGUUCAUAAAUGCAUCGAAAAAUGUGGAACAAAAGUGUGAUACUGAAAAGUGCACUAUUACGGAUCUUAUUCCAGGAACCGAGUAUGAAUUCACAGUUAAAGCUGUAGUGAAUAAGACGAUUGAAGGUGUGCCAAGCAACGUUACUGAUUACACCAUACCUUCGACUGUCAGAAACCUAAGAUCAGCAGACAAUGACAGCACAGUCAUAAUGGCCUUUUGGGAUCCGCCUACUGGCAAUCAUUCAGCUUACCGCUAUUGUCUUAAAGAAGUCAAACACAGCCACAAUUGCACUUACUGCAACAUCAUAUCAGACAGCAGCAUUACAACAAACGACAACAUUACCACAAACAGCAGCAGUACGACAGCAAAAUUCAAUAUUACAGACUGCAAAACAGUGGAUGGAACAGAAACAUUUAUCAGAGAGACUAAUACAUCAGACGGCAGCAAGUUUUGUCUGUGUGUGGCAGCGCUAACAAAGAACAACAACCUGUCAGGAGAAGUGGUUGUAAUCUCAACAUACACACGCCCCAAAACUGUGAUCCUCUCUUUGAGCCCUGACUUAAAAUCCAUGAAUGCCAACUGGACAAUAGGAGGGAAUUAUGAACAAUUUGAAGUGAUGAUUACAACAGAUGCAUACCUUGACAAUUAUCCCCGGCGAGAUAACACUAAAAUCAGUAGUUACACUUUCAAUAAUCUGAAGGCAGGAGUGUUUUACACCGUUUCAGUUGUCACUCUUAAUGGUGAACUGAGAAGUGAUGCUGCUAAUAAGUCAGAGUACACCCGGCCUGCUAAACCUACCUGGGUAAAGGCCACCGCUAACAAAUCUAGCAUACAGCUAAGCUGGGGAGUUCCAGUUGAGUCAGUGGGUGCCUCCAUUAAAUAUAUGGUGAACUAUAGCACUCCUUUCUGGAAUGAACCUAAUGGAAAAAAUACAAAUGAGAUAAAUCUCACCAUUCCUAAUUUAAGACCAGGAACAAAAUAUAUGUUUAAUGUCAGUGUCGUGGCUGGAAAUUUGUCGAGUGAUCCAGCCACUACUCAUGAAAACACAGAGCCUGAGAAGAGGACACUGGUCCUCAUGAUGUUGUGCUCCUCUGAAACCGCACUUCAUUGUGACAAAAAUGAAACUCGGAAUGAACUGUUUGAAAAGGUGAAGAAAUGUUCAAUGACUACAUCAGGCUUGUUGCAACUUUACAGGAACAGAUUUAUUACGGAAUGA